GAACAAUUGGCCCAAAAUUGCCCCAUCAGGUAGUCAUUUUGGAGUCUGGACCCUGGAGAGGAGAGGGGAGAAGGAUUAACACCAAAUCGUCGACUCGUCGUCGUUGUCGUCGUUUUACCAUCUCAAUAGAAACGAAAAAGUUUCUCCUCAGAUCGUCGAUCAGGUAUCUGCCCGCCUUCCCUGAAAUCGAAGUAGGCGGAGGAGAAGAAGAAGACGAAGAAGAAGAAGAAAGAACAGCAUAGCUGCUUAACAAAGAAAAGGAAGAGAGAUGUUGCCAACGUCGUCGAAAGCCCGUACAUCCUUUUCUAGUUCUCGACCUAACUCCAUGUUUCCUCAGUACCUCCGUCGAAUUGUCAAGUGGCAACAAAUGGAUAUUGAAUAUACUUUCUGGCAAAUGCUUCACCUUUGCACCUCACCAAAAGUUGUCUAUCAGCACACUAAAUAUCAUAAACAAACUAAGAAUCAAUGGGCACGUGAUGAUCCAGCUUUUGUUGUAAUCUGCAGUCUCUUAUUGGCAGUUGCCACUCUGGCUUAUUGUGCGGCGUAUGACCAUAGUGCUGCACAUGCUGUUUUUGUAGUUGUUUCUGUAUUACUUUUCCAUUUUUUAGUUACUGGAGCAGUUCUGGCUACAUGUUGUUGGUUCCUGACUAAUGCAUACCUUAAGGAGGAGGCUCCAAAUAGCCAUGUGGUUGAGCAACGAGUUGAAUGGCUUUAUGCAUUUGACGUGCACUGCAAUUCUUUCUUCCCAAUGUUUGUUAUGCUUUACGUUGUGCAUUAUUUUCUGUCCCCACUUUUGGUAGCCCAUGGUUUCAUACCUGUAUUGCUGUCAAAUCUGCUUUUCAUGGUGGCAGCCUCAUACUACCAUUAUCUCAACUUUUUAGGUUAUGAUGUUCUACCAUUUUUGGAGAGGACAACCUUUUUCCUGUAUCCAAUUGGUGUUGUUAUUGUCCUUUCUCCUAUUUUGAUUUUAAGUGGCUUCAAUCCUUCAAGAUAUUUUAUGAAUAUUUACUUUAGCCAAAGGCUGUGAUUUACUAAGCUAACACUUCGAAAUAGCACAUACGAUGAGGUUGGGGAUAGUUUGGAGACUGCAUCAAUUGUGGGAAGGCACGAUUGCGAAUUCUUUUGCAUGCAUGUAAAAGUGAAAGGAAGGUUUGCAAAUUGAAAAAUCUUUGUUGCUUUCAUUGUAGUCCUAUUCCCUUACAAAAGGAAAUCAGAAAACUGAAAGUCAGAUAGUUUUUUGAUAGAAGUAUCAUUGAUCAAGUGGAUAUGUAACCUGUCAAUUCUGUAUUUUCCAAUUUGUUUUUUUCUGCUCAAUCUGGAAAAUUGAUUUUGAUAAUCCUUUUUGCCCUGUUUUCACUUUUC